AUGGCUACCCCCACUGUCCUUACCUUUGAUGCUGAGGGUCGUGCUGUUGACUUUGAGGUCUGGGUCGAUGACCUCCAGCUGUUCCUACAGUGCGAUAGGGCAGACGGACUCUCCCUGUUCGAUCUCACCUCUGGUGCCUCUCCUGCCCCGCCUUCUACUGCUGACAGCACUGUUCGCUCACAGUGGGCCACACGCGAUGCUGCUGCUCGCCUUGCUGUGCGUCGCCACUUACCGACCACUGAGUGUGCACAAUUUAGCCAGUACAAGAGUGCUAAGACCUUGGACCACUUCCUCUUAGUUUGCCCCACCACACUCACCGUUGACCUCCUCGAGGAGCGCCUCCUAGCAGCAGAGAAGAGCAUAGUCGCUGUAGGAGCCUCUCGUGGUGACCCUCGCACCCCCGUCUUUGAGGAGUGUUCCCCCUCCCCCCUCUUGCCCACUAUUGCUUCUGCUGCUGCGGCCGACCUCGUUGGUUUCGAGUCGGUUGGCGCUGCGUCUGCCCCUAGCGGGAGACGCCGCACCGGCAAGGGCAAGGGGGGCAAGGGCGCUGGAGGGGCUGGCGGGGGCGGUGGAGGUGGUGGUGGAGGCAGUGGAGGGGGUGGGGGUGGUGGUGGGAGUGGUGGCGGGGGUGGAGGUGUCGGUGGCAGCAGUGGAGGCUGA